UCUUGCACUUUGUACUUUCAGCCUCUCUGUUGCAAUUUGUGCUGCAUUGCUGCUCCCAUUUUCCAUUGCCAGCAAUGAAGUACUCCUUUUGUACCCCAACAGUUACUAUGUGAAAUGGUUGAAUCACUCCCUUAUUCAAGGUCUAUGGAAUGUCGUUUUCCUCUCAUCAAACCUCUCUCUCUUUAUAUUUUUACCCUUUGCUUACCUCUUCACUGAAUCGGAGGGAUUUGCUGGCCAGCGGAAAGGAGUUUGGUCACGAGUUUAUGAGACAUUUACAGUAUUACUUCUGUUGGGUGUUGUUGUUCUUGGCUUUAUGUAUGUAAUAUCUGCUUGGAUUGAUGGGAGUAAUUCAAGCUUCCAAACACUCCUAAAUUUAUGGAGUUACUAUUUGCCUUUUCUGUACUCGUGCAUUUCAUUUGUUGGAGUCUUAAUGCUAUUACUUAGCACACCAUUAGGGUUUGUAAGGCUUUUUUCUUUGGUUGGAAGAGUAUUGAUUAAACCACAGUUUCUUAGUGAUUUAGAUGAAAAGUAUGAAGUUGCAAAAAUGAACGAGGAAACAGUUCAAAGGCAGUUGAUUCAAGCAACAAAAACAGGGAAGACGUACUUAUCAGUCCCUCCAAUGUUUUCUGCCACAAACAGCGAUAAUGUCUUACACCUUCAAAAUGGUGCUUUGCAAGCUGGUCUAUUAGAAAAAUUAGAGGUAGCCCAAAAAACUCGAGCCGUCCUAGAAAUGAAAAAGCAAACUGCUUUUUGGCAAAGAAAUUUGCUUUAUCCAAUAGCAAUGGUAUCAUUGCUGGCUUUAACUGUUAUGACUGUUUUAUUAGUUAUUCAAAAUACCCUUGAAUUACUCAUAGGUAUUAAAGCUUUACCACUUAGUACAAGGCAGUUCACACUAGGCAUUAGUUCCCUUUCAAAACUCGGCCUUAUUGGUGCAACUGUAGAAAUCAUUCUUAUAUUUUUUUUAAUUUUAACAUCCUUUGUUGGACUAUAUUCUUUACCCAUACUAACGAAGGUACGUCCAAAAAAUAAAGAGACUCCACUAACUCACAUCAUUUCUAACUGUGCAUUAUUAGUAAUUCUCAGCUCUGCCUUACCUCUCUUAUCAAGAAUCCUCGGUAUCACAAAUUUUGACCUGUUAGGUGAUUUUGGUCAAAUUGAAUGGUUAGGUAACUUUAAAAUUGUUUUUCUUUACAAUAUUGUAUUUGCUGCAGCGGCAACUUUAUGUUUAGUGAAUAAAUUCACAGCCCCUGUCCGGAGAGAAACCUAUUUACGUCUAAUUGACAUACUUUCAUUACUAUUUAACGAAAGCCAAAUCAAUCCUAAGACAUCUGCAAGCUCAAAGGAGAAAUCUAGUCAAAAAUGUUUGUCUUAAAUGGAAGGUUUCAAUUGUUUCAUUUAAGCACUCUAUUUCUUCCUGUCUUACUCGCAACACUUAAUAGUAUUCAUUAAUUAACUUCCCUUUCUCAUUAAAUCAAUUAUACUCCUUGAACAGCGCAA